AUGUCGUUUGGAUACUCCGUCGGCGACGUGAUUGCCGGCGCCAAUCUGACAUAUCGGCUCAUCAGGAUCAUGGCAGACACCGAAGGCGGCUCCGACGAGUAUGUUGAGGCCAUGUCCGAGUUAGCGGCGAUGCAACAGGCAUUUCUCCAAAUUAGCGAAAUCCGGAACCAUAAAAUGCUCCCGCCCGCCACAGUCAACGCAGCAUCUCACAUUGUUCUAUCAUCAAUGGACACCAUCGCCAAGUUCCUCGAACGCACCAAGCAGUACCAGCGCCGGCUCGAAGAUCCUAGAAUCUCCAGUUUUCAGAGCUCGUGGCACAAAAUAGGAUGGACGCUGUACAAGUCUCAUGAACUGCGCACUCUUCGAGAUGCUCUCCAUUCUAGACUCACAUCGGUCCAAGUCCUGCUGUCGGCGGCUUCUUACUGUACACCUCUACCAGCGAAUGUGGCCCGAUAUCAAGCCGCCGAUCAAAAUUCUCAUGGUCCGUCUAUUGCGGAAGCAUCACCGGCCCCUCCUCAUUCUCCAGCAAGCGGAAGCGACCAUGAGCGAGAUGCAGACGUGGCAGAAAAGAAUCACAAAGGUUCGAGUUUGUCGUCUCCGUCGCCAGAACAGAAAUUUCGGACCAUCCAAACUUCAGAAGGAAGCAGCCUGCGUCAAUUCAUCCACUUCAAAGAUGCAGUCGGCAGGAAGUUCAACUUCCCCUGGGAGAAAUCCAGGAAAUGGAGUGAUCUUGAAGAUCUCAUUAAACAGGCCUUUGACCAGGUGGACGUCCUGGGGCCGCACGUGAUAGAAGGCCAUUACGACUUGAUAGGCCCAGACGGUAAGAUUAUCUUACCGAGCAUUUGGGAGGACAUCGUGGAGCCAGAUAUGGACAUCAUAAUGACCAUGUGGCCCGUGGAAACCAUUAAUAAACCGCCGUUACUACCCAGGGUGAGACCUCCUAGGCCACCACCCAUAGUCGAAAGGCGCAGAAAUCAAGGACCUGGAAAUCCACCACCUAGAAGGGAAUUCAUGUCAGAUACCCCAGGAAUGCAGCAUUGGAGGGAUGAUAGAGUAAGAGUCACCGCCGUGAACACGACUCGUGAUGCCAGCCAUCGCAGCUCCAGAACACCAGAAGUUCUACCUUUGCCGAUACCAUCAACUCCUCAUGCGAUCGCACAAGGACAUAUAACCACACCGGGGAGUGAAAUUGAGACCUGUGCAAGUUCCAAAGAGUCACGUUACCGUCACCCUCAGCCAGGCGACGCAAGGGACUCGCAAGAACCCCGUCCGAAACAGAGGCUUAUGUCUGAUGAAGAGUUCAUAAGACGUAUCAGCGGCUUGGAUGCCAUCACGAAACCAGCAGUCAUGGAGAUAAUCAAGGAGAUGGAGAAGCGUUCCAGGAUCACGCAAGCACAAUCUAAGGAGAUAAUUAAAAGUCUCGAAAUAAUGCCUCUAGACUCAUUCGAAGACUCUGUCCGCGCUUAUCAAGCUGAAAUGUCUUCCCAGCAGAUUGGCCCGGAAAGAAGCUCAAGUCGAGACUCUCCCCGUGGAAGCUCUCCGGUUCCAACAUACUUGAGGGAUACUGUUGACAAGGGCAAAGCGAAACGACGCGAGAGGGAGGAGGAUGGCUUAUAUUCUGCUGAUGGUCAAGAUCAUGACUCUGUUGCCCCUACGAGUGACUGGGAAGACUACACAGAAGAUGAAGAAACAAUUACAGAAGACGGAGAUGACGAUCCGGCUUCCUAA